UUUCCACUUUGCUCUGAAUCUUGUACUGGUAAGCAGUGAAUCGAAGAGCAAGGUUUUGCUUGCGAUGGCGAGAUCGACGAGCAAGGACGCCCAAGCCCUUUUCCACUCUUUCCGUUCUGCUUAUGCAGCUACCCCCACUAAUCUCAAGAUCAUCGAUCUCUAUGUCGGUUUCGCUGUCUUCACUGCCCUCAUCCAGAUAGCUUACAUCGCUAUAGUUGGAUCAUUCCCAUUCAACUCAUUUCUUUCCGGCCUACUUUCUUGCAUAGGGACGGCAGUCCUUGCUGUUUGCCUUCGCAUCCAAGUGAACAGAGAAAACAAGGAAUUCAAGGACUUACCGCCGGAGCGUGCUUUUGCAGAUUUUGUUCUGUGCAAUUUGGUGCUUCAUUUGGUUAUUAUGAAUUUCCUGGGAUAAAUUGCAGUCUUUGGGUGUUCUAUAAUCCUUUUAUUGAACUUCUAUAACUAGAGACGCCCAUGAAGUUGGUUUUUUUUUCCCGUGAAUCUGCAGCAAUUUUUGUUAGUUUGUAACUUCUGGAGCAUACUUAUUUAUGACUUAUUUAUGAAAAAUGGAUUUAUAUCAGAAACUUUUCGCAUC